CGUGCCUCGCGCGACCAUGUGCGACAACUUGACGACGUGUACCAUUCUUCGAGAAUGUCCGAGAAUGUCAACAGCGUCUAAAGUCACUUUCGGUUUAUGCUGCUCGGUGUCCGUUGGAAUAAUAGGCUACGUUCAUUACAAACAGGCAUACGACAGGGAGCAACUUCAUUUGGGGGUAAUGCGCGACAUCGAGCGACGAGAGCGUCGAAAAGUGCAAAAUGUCUACAUUUUACAGCAACAGGCUGAAUUGACCAAGGAAUUGCGCAAAGGGAUGACGACGGUUCAAGAGACGAAUACGUAACGCGAAGCUGUAUUCUGUUGCUCCAGACUUUUUCUAGAGGAUUGAA